UCAAAGAUUUUGGAGUUCCACUCCCUGAGUACCGAAAAACAGAGAUCUGAAUCUUGUCUCGAAACCACCGAAACACAAGAUACUUUCAGUGUUCUUUCCAGAACAACAGCCGAACAAGUGGAAGACGAUAACCGUCGCCCUGUCUGAAUUUCUUCAAGCUUUCAAGAUUCUACUUCAGUUGAGAGAACUUCUUCCGCCGUCAUGCCGUCAGAGGAUUUUGCAAGGAAGAGAAAGUCGAGGAGUAGAUGUGAUGGUAUUUCUGUUGCUGAAACUCUUAAGAAGUGGAAAGAAUAUAAUCAAAAUCUAGGUACUUGUAAUGAUGAGGGUAAACCAGUUCGUAAGGCACCUGCUAAGGGCUCGAAGAAGGGGUGUAUGAAGGGUAAAGGAGGGCCAGAGAAUUCAACCUGUAAUUACAGAGGGGUUAGGCAGAGGACAUGGGGCAAGUGGGUGGCUGAGAUCCGAGAGCCAAACAGGGGAAGUCGACUUUGGCUUGGAACUUUUCCUAAUGCUUAUGAAGCUGCGCUAGCGUAUGAUGAAGCUGCAAGGACAAUGUAUGGUGAAUGCGCCCGCUUGAAUUUGCCCCAUAUCUCUUCAAAGGAUUCUUCUACUUCAGUUGCCACUUCAUCCGGUAGUUCUUCAGUUGCAACUCCAUCAGUUUCCUUUUCUGUGCCAACUCCUCUAGGUUCUGACUCCAGCACAACAUCAAACCUUUCUGAGAUUUGUGAUAAAGUUUAUCAUUUUAAUGAUGGAGAUAGUGACUCUCAGAUGGAUAUCAAGCCGCAUAUUAAGCUUCCUGCUGUCUCUAUGGUUCCUUUGCCAAGUACUCUACUGAAGCCUACAGAAAAGAAGGAAAACCAAGAUGUGAGACAACAUGAUGGAUAUACUAAAAGUGACAUCAAACAUGAAGCAAAGGAGGUCAAACCAGAACAGAAAGCCACAGAUGCACCAGUGGAUGAUACAUACCUUGAAAUGCUUGAUGCACUUUUGCGCAAUUUUUCAAUGGAUGAAUUUUUUGACCCUAAUGAGCUGCUGGGAUCUUUGGACGACGCUCCCUUCCAAGGCUUAGUGUCAAAUCAAGAUGUUUCUCAGUUGGAUUUGCAUGGUGCUGGUGUUUCAGAGUGUCUGAAACCAUCUGCUUUGUCAUAUCAGUUGCAGAAUCCAGAUGCGAAGUUGUUGGGAAGUCUGGAUCAUAUGGAGCCAUUUGGUGAGCAGCAGGAUAACUUCUCAGUGGAGGAUCCAAGGUUCCUUGAUCUGUAGCCUCUCCCUUGAAGAGAAUGUUUGUGGUUUACGUUGAAUAUACACGGUUGCAUAGAUCCAUUUCCUCUUUUAUCUAGGACGCUGUAGUCUGUGUCCAGCUAUAGAGAAAAUAUGACCCUCUUGUUUAUUUUCUGCUUCACUUAAGUGAAUGAGCUGAUUCUCUGGAGGUUUUUUAUAUAGGGAAUUUAGCCAGAGUCUAGUCAUUUACCAACGGAACAAAGUUGGUAUUUGAUCUCAAUAAUAUCUGUACCCUGUUUUCCGCCAUUCUUUUAUUGCAUUCUUAAUUUGUUCCUGUAUGUUCGUUGGUGUUCUUUGUGCUAACAGGAAUGAGGAAUCCCAUAUUGAAGGAAAAUAAUAGAUUCUAGUCCUUAAUAUUAGUUUGCUAUUUACUGCACUAUCGCCGGGCUUCGUAACGCGAGCUUGUAACCCGAGUGGGGGCUUUAAGAUGGCUGGAUGUUGGCUUGAUCCAGAUGGUUGGAUCUGUCGAGCUAGUUUCUGGCUUGCCCGAUCCAAGAAGGGAGUUGGGCCAUGUGUCUUGAGCGAAGGCUCUGGGGCACGUGGUCCUUAGAGUGGAGGGCACCGCGUGAGGCUGGUUUCACAGAGCAGCGAAAACCUUCUGCUCCCUUCAGUGGAUGGAUAACAGGCCGAUGCUCAACAGGUCCAGUUGUGCCUGAUGGGCCAUUCCCAACCAGACAGCUAUCUUUUU